AUGAUCUGGUCGAAUCAUGAUAAUUAUGUCGGUCAUUGGAUUGACAGCAAGAUGCAUGGAUUAGGUACAAUGCGGUAUGCGGAUCGCAGAGUAUAUACUGGUGGUUGGUUAAAUGGCAGGAAAUCGGGUCCGGGUAUCAUGAGUUGGCCUAAAGGCGAAAAAUGUGAUGCUGAUUGGAUUGAUGAUAAAGCAGUUUGUGAUGGUACGUAG